CACGCGUCGCGUUCACACGUCACGUUCGUAUACUAACUGUGUUUCACGUGUCAACAACCUAAAGAUACCGCAGUAACUUAGACAUUAACUUACACUGUGUUUCGCCGUGUCGCGUGUGCUGUGUUGUGUUUAACUUUUUUGAUUAGAAAGUGCGUCUGUGCAGUGAAUUUCCGCGGGCCACCGCAGAUGGCGCGGUGAUGGCGAGGCGAGGCGCAUGCGCAUUGGCGCUGUUGUGCGUCAUCAUAGCCGGUGCAACCGCCUACACCGUUGACUGCAACCACGAGUACACUGAUUGUGAUACUGAACUCAGUAAACUAACGAGCGACGAUGAUGAUUCAGGGUCGACUUUAUCGCCGAUAGUACCAACAGUUGUUGAAGUCAUUACCUCUGAUAUAACUACCACUACAGCAGCACUCACGCGUUCAACUGUAGAAGAAAUUCAACAAAACAAAACUGAUGUUAAAACAACAACUGAGGUUAAUGAAGUCUCUGAACCUGCAGCUAAGCCUAAACCAAGAUUACUUAAUUUAAGUGUAGAUGAAUUACAAAAUUUUGCCAAUAUCUUACACAAUCAAACCAAAGGAAUAAAAAGCACAUUUUCGGAUCUAAGCGAUGUUAAUUUGGAUGAAGACGAAGAUGAGACACCAAGGCUAAGAGGAGAUGAGCCAAAAAAUAGACACAUAACAGACAAAUUCUAUUCAAACCUUAAAGCUCCUUUCAAUCCGUUAUUAUCCGUCGAUAGAUCAGAAGAAAUUGAAACGUGCAAGGAAAAUGGUGUUACUUAUAAGAUUGGUGAGCAUGUAGAUCGCGGUUGCGAGGAAUCAUGCGAAUGUACUGCCGGUGGUACCUUUGAAUGCGCACCAAGAUGUCAACAUCCUUACAUCCGUCGAGGUAGAAGACUCACCGAUCCCUUAUGCUUCGAGUCUCCGGUAGACGACUGUUGUUCCAUAAUUGCAUGUGCAACUGGAAAUGGGGAUCCAAAACUAUCGACCCUGGAGGUGUGUCGUUAUGGUAAUCUUACAUAUCCGGUGGGCGGGAAGUGGAAUAUCGGCUGUGAACAAACGUGCACUUGCGAACAGAACUCGGUCGUCACCUGUAAGCCAAGAUGCAAGCGUUUGCCACAAUCUGACAAAUGUAUUAACGUACAAGACCCAAAUGAUGAAUGCUGUGAGAUGCAAAUUUGCGACGUCUCUCAAGACGUUCACGAAGAACCAGCUGAAAAUAUAACAAGUUCAACUUCAUCCACGACUGAAAUGCCGAGGCAACCUCAAGAUUCAAUUAAUCUUCCCAUGUCACCGAUGAGACCAUUAGUUCUCUCAGAACCUAUUGGUUCCGUCAAAGUACUGCAAAAUAAUAGCGUCCAAGUUAAUCUAAUGCAUAUGAAUAACAGCGAUGAUCCGGUUCAUUUAUUAAUAAGCGGUGAUGGGGGCAAAACAUACAGUGAUGUAGAAUUGAAAUAUUCCAAUUUAAUAUUAAAUUUGGAAGGCGGUAAAGAUUACGUCUUAAAAACAAAAGAAACUGGAACGAAAUUUAAUUUUACAAUAACAGCUCUGGAUGUUGGUAAUGAAGUAGAGGAACCAUCAAAUGGAACGAACGUUGGAUGUUAUCAUGAUGGUCAAUUUUAUGCUAUUGGGGAAGAAUUCCAAAUAGGAUGCAGUGAACUCUGUGAAUGUACUGGACAAGAUUCUCGGGAAUGUGCUCCACUGCUUUGCCCAUCCCAUGUAGGAUUAGAAUUGGUGUCAAAGGGUUGUGUUCGAUGGGCACCAAAUCCACCCCCAACACCACCGAACUGUUGCCCGAGGACUGCAAGAUGUCUAAGUGAUGGGACUUGUCACUAUAAAGGUGUAGCAAUCCCAAAUUGGAGCGAAGUACCGGUCACGCUAACGGGAUGUGAAGAAAACUGUUUCUGUGAGAAUGGUGAGCUAGACUGUGAGGCAGCAUGUGCGCCGCUACCACCAAUACCUCCUCAAAACCUAAGAUGUCCCCCCAUGCAUCGACCAGCACCAGUGAAUAUAUCUGACGAGGACUGCUGCAAACAAUGGGGUUGCCUUCCUCAUGGUCAGGUUCCACCGGGAUUUCCUACGAACCAACAACAAACACCACCUCAAUUUCUCCCAACCGUUCCUCCUGUUAAUCGCUACCCUCAUGAAGAUAUUGCUGAUUAUGAACAAAACAAUAUACAUCGUCCUAAUAAUCCUGUAGAACCUUCUUUGAAUGGAAUACCACCAGGAUUACCCAUACCAGGUUUUGGCGACGAUAACAAAAAACUAUCGGUGCUAUCGUUACAAAGCGACUCGGCAACGAGCAUAAAGAUGCUCUUUGGCUUACCAUCGGUUCUGGUUGGAUUGCAAGGCAGUGUGGACUUGAGAUAUACGGAUUCAGCGGAUGAUGAUAUAUCUCAAUGGUACUCGCAAGUCUUCGCCCCAGCUGACGAGAUUCUUACCACACCUCGGUUGGAGUUCCGACUGACUGAUCUGAAGCCAUCCACUACGUACAGGAUUAAAGGAAAACUUUACCUACACAAUUUGCCAGUAGAACCAGAAAGCGAAAUUUAUACUGUGAAAACCCAAGAUCUACCAACUGUACUGCCUCCUCAAGAAAAACGUAAAGAAAUCGAUUGUAAGCUGUCGGUUGUAGACGUUAACGACACAACAGCACACGUAAACUGGAGGCAUUUCAAUGAAGAGGAACUGCAAUUUAUCGAUGGCAUACAAGUCAGAUAUCGUCCAACGGGUACUCCUAUCUACAGUAUGACAGAACUUCUGCACCACAGCCGAUCGGCUGCUGAGCUGCGAGAGCUGCGGCCUGGUAGUCGGUACGAAGCGUCGUUGGUAUUGAUACCGCCUCCACGCGCCACCACCGAAUUGCACGAUCCAGGGAUUGUAGAAUUUACCACAGCUCCUUAUAUUGACCCUUACGCCUGGUCGGUGACGGUGGAGGCGCGAGCAGUGGGGUCGGAGGCAGCGGAGCUGACGUGGCGCGGAGUGCCGGCGCCAGCUGAGCGAUGGGUGCGCGUGUACCGCGGCGCGCACGCCUGUGCCGAUGACCGCUCCGAGCGCACUGAGCACGACGCCUUCCGCCUCGUGCGACGCGAUACGCCACAGACCAUUACACUCACGGGGCUGCGGCCCGACGCAAAAUGUCGAGUGUGGUUGGAACUAUUCCUUACGAACGGCAAAGUGAAGACCAGUAACGUAUUGGAGAUUCACACGAAAUCCUUGGACUCACCGGAACCCAUCGACAAUGUAAUAGAAGCAUCAUCAGUGGCUGGUAGCCGAGGAGUUCCCCGAGGGGAUUACUACGGAGCGCUAGUGGUGGUGGGAGUGAUCGCCGCCCUUGGAGCUCUUACCUCGAUUCUGUUACUGCUGGUCGUGAUCCGUCGCCAUAGGCCGCGAUCUGUGCCAAUCACGUCUGUGCCAUCAGCUCCCCGAGAGUCAUCUUUACCCCCUUACGAUAAUCCGGCGUACAAAUUAGAAUUACAGCAAGAAACAAUGGAUCUCUGACAGUUAAGCUCCCGUGAGCACUUGAAAGGGCUCAACGGGAUUUCCGAACGGAGCGUGGACGUUCAAAAUGGCCGACCAUACAACGAAAUGGGCGUCUAAGCAAUGUCCCGCGCAAUAUAUUAUAAAAUACCUGACAAAGAUAAUUUAUUUUCAGUUAAUCUCCCUUCACGUUAAAUUUAAAAUCUAAAUAUGUAUUUAUAACUAAAAAUAAUUUUGAUUAUUAUUAUCUAUGGUAACUAUUUGAAAGUAAUAUUUUGGACUAACCUUAUAGAAUUGGGUUUCAUUUUGUAAAAAGAGAUUGAAUAAAAAUUAGUGCCUUAUCGCAUAAUAUUUUGUAAAUAGUGUUGAUAUAUAAUAUUAUUACUAAGUAGAUGUAAAAUAUUACUAAGUAAGACGGUAAUUCUCUGUAUUCAGAACGGUUUUUUAAUAAGCAUUAUUUAAAUAUUAAUAAAUAAAAAAUGACGAGAUGCAUUUUAUUCCUAUUGAUAUGUUUUAUUAUUGUUUAUACACAAUAUGUUUAUAUUUUAAUGAUAAAUGUAAAAUUGUCUUGAGAAAUAUAUAAUUUCAACAGCCAAAGUCAUAUUAUCUCUAUUGUAAAAAAUGGUUUUGAAAUAAUUCUUUGAAAAAUUGAAUGCACUCUGAGGAUUAAAUCAUGACAUAUACGUUUGAUAGACUUAUUAUACAACCGUUUCAUUUUAACGUUUCGGCUACUAGGACGCGUUUCUCAAUGACUAAGUCCCCCUUUGAUGAUUCAAGUUUAAAUUAUUGUAAAAAUAAAAUAAGUAGAAAAUCAUUUUUUAAAUAUUGCUGUUGUUUUGCACCUAUCUCGUUACCUAGUUGAGAAACAUUAACUUUCGAUUUAUUGCAGUUUUAAGUU